AAUUCUCAGAAGUCGGUCCACAUAACUUGGAUAGCUUCUUUUCAAGAACAAAAACUACCGUUUGUAGUUUGUUUUGCAAUAUUGUAAUUUAAAUAUGAUGUUGUCAUUUCCUGCGAGUAGAGGGUGAUAGGUAAGUCUAGCAGUAGCUGCAAACAUGGCCCGAGCAGACUCAUCUCUGUCAAAAAAUGUAGAACAGGAGCUGACAUGUGCAGUGUGCUGCGAGUUGUACUCAUGCCCACUCCUGUUGCAAUGCAGUCACUCCUUCUGCAAAAAGUGCAUCCAGGAUCUGGUGAGAAAUGAAGAUUACUACUCAAGUUACCCCGUCAAGUUCAAGUGCCCUGUGUGCCGGGCCCCCAGUAGAUCAGGUAUUGGCAGCCUGCCUGAAAAUUUAGCAUUAUCCAAUUUGGUGACUGUCCUGAAGACAGAUGAGGGGAGAAAUGUUUUGACAGCAGUACAGCCGAUUCCAACACUGAACUCAACAGAAUGUUGGAAACAUCCAAACAACGAUCUCGAUCAGUACUGCGUUUACUGCUUGAAGGCUUUCUGUGCUGUCUGCCCUAAACUGAAGUGUGAUACUGAGAAACACUGGUUGGAGAAACACUGGUUGAAGCCUCUUGAUGCUCAUUGGAAGACUACAUGGGAAAGUCUCACAGCAUUGUCAGGUGAAGUGGGUGAUCGCAUGUCAUCUCUGAGUGACAGGGUGCAGCUCCUGGACGAUCAACUGGCAGCAGUGGAUAGGGAAGAGGACACUGACAAAAGUGAACUGACAGCUGAGAUUGAGGUACUGAAGAGCAUCCUGAUGUCCCGACUGACCACGUUGAACACAGAUCUCCACAGUGAGGUUCAGGACGUCAAGUACCCAUUGACGCAUGAUCGACAGAAGUGCUCCGCCAUCCUGGACAGAAUGGAGCGUCUGAGCAGUGAGGUGCAAGACCUCCACAGAUGCAACAACGGAGUCAAGUCCGUUAAGCGCAUCACUGAGCUGGAGAAAGAAAUGUCGAGUCUAGUGAGACAGGAGUCACGUGACAUGCUCCAGCAAGCCAUCCCUAUUGUGACAAUGCCGACAUGGAAACUGGUCAGAUCCCCAGUUGAAGCUGCCAUUCGAAAUCUGAUUGUUCGCAGGACGAAACCUGUUGCAAGUGACUCUGUCAGCCGUGUAGGAGUGUCACCCACCAGCCCCAUGAGGACAUCUCCAGAUCGCAGCCCGCAGCCACGGAGCAGACGAGGAGAACUGGACUCCGAUGUCACAAUGUGGACCUCUAGCACGCCACAGCCCCAACUUACAAGACAAAAGCCAUGUAGUUCUCCGUCUCGUGGUCGAAGGGGUACUCGAGUCAGAGUUACAGCACAACGUUCCAGUGCAUCCACAUCCUCUUUGUCAGUAUCUUCGAAUAGUUUGUGGAUAUCUCCAAGAGGAGCUGCUUCAUCCAGAGAAGACACCAGUGUGAGUGCCUCCGUCCCAUCUGCCCUCACUGACUGCUACAAAUCCAUGGAGACGUCGCUGAAGAAACUUGAAGUGUCAGCAAAACAUUACACCUACAAAGGAAGUGAACAUGUAGCCAAGAUGUUGAAAACAGAAGUAAAGGGAUUCAAAGGGUAUCAGACAACUUGUCCCAACAGUUUCAAUUUUGGUUCUUCGACAAUAUCAGGAACAGGUUGUAAUGCAGGGAUAGAUCAUGGGUACAGCAACUCUUUUCAAGCACAGAAGCAGUGGGAAAGUGUUUUUUCACCUCCAGACACCACCAUGUCUUUGUUUGGAAGCUCAUCCAACCCUGGUAAAGAAGUAGAUUUUUCCGGAAGGGGAAUCUCAUUAUCACCAAGUCGACAGAGAGAAGCAGUAAGAAGUAGAAACUCACGAACUGGGAGAAACAGAGGCGCCAAGUUGAACUUUACUAAUGGAGAUCCUUUCAGUACCAAAUCAGUCCCAGAAGCCCUCCAGCCCAAUACUUUAACCCUGGGAUCCAGGGCCCCACCUCCUCAGUCAAGUGUAUCAACUGGUCAGUCCAAGCAAACUAUUGGAACCGAAUUCCACUUCCCUACUGGCUUCAAUAAUGAUGGUUCCUUCAGUGUUAAUGCUGCAGCAAUGGUUCCACAUUCAGGUCCUGAGAGAUCAAACUUUACUGUCACACCCCAUCCGCUUGAACAGUCUGGAAGAAAUAUUGAUGUAAACUUUACCAGCAGCAAUUUUCAUAGGCCAGGAGUGUUUUUCACACAUCCUGAUACAACAAGCCAAGGAACAAUUAACUUUGGAACAAACCAGCUUUAUGUCCCAAGCGUGAACUCACUCUGGACAAAUGGCAAUUAUGUAGAUAACACUGUAACCGUAAUGUCUCCGGGAUAUGGUUUACCACUGUCAACAUCUGUCUCUGGAAGCUCAGGACGUCAACCUAUGGCCUUCUCAGCACAGCCCCAUGCAGCAGGGUCAGGGAAUGUGUUAUUGGCUGCUGCGGUAUAUGAAACAAGCUCUCCUACUCAGUGUUCCGAAUCUUACAAUGGUAGCUGUAAUGAAAAUCUUUCGGAAGCAUCAGUGCAAGUCCUUAAUUCAGCAACGCUCGGUCUUAGCUACACAACACCAGCACCAGCACCAGCACCAGCACCGGAUACUAAUACAGCAACACUGAGCUGUAGUACACCAGCACCAGUCCCGGAUUCAGCAACAACGCUGCACUCCAUGACAUCAACGUUGGACACCAGUACACCAACACAAGUCCCGGAUACAGCAACAACAGUGAACUCCAAAACAGCAACAUUGGACACCAGUACACCAACACAAGUCCCGGAUACAGCAACAACAGUGAACUCCAAAACAGCAACAUUGGGCUCCAGUACACCAUCACAAGUCCCGGAUACAGCAACAACGCUGAACUCCAUGACAGCAACAUUGGGCUCCAGUACAUCAACACAAGUCCCGGAUACAGCAACAACGCUGAACUCCAUGACAGCAACAUUGGGCUCCAGUACAUCAACACAAGUCCGGAUACAGCAACAACGCUGAACUCCAUGACAGCAACAUUGGGCUCCAGUACAUCAACACAAGUCCCGGAUACAGCAACAACGCUGAACUCCAUGACAGCAACAUUGGGCUCCAGGACACCAACACAAGUCCGGGAUUCAGCAACAAUGCUGAACUCCAAUACAGCAAUGUUGGGCUCCAAUAUACCAACACAAGUCCCCAAUUCUGCUACAGCAAGAUCAGAGCCAAAUGUCAACAGUGGACCAGACAUCAGUGAGAAUUCUUCCAUGGUGUCCUGUAGUUCAGCUCCUGUCCAGCCCACUGACAGCAGGUGUUCAACUCCAUGUCAGGAUGAACAAUCUCUCCCAGGGAACCAUCAGUCUUCUCCACUAUUGACCGAUUCUGACAUUGGAGUAAUAACGAAAGACAAACAAUCUAAAGACCCAGAUGAAACAAUUCCUGAACAGAAGUCUGUGACUGAUCUGUUUGUAAAUGAUAAUAACUCUACAGUUCAACAAAUAAAUGACAACCAGGAAAUGAGCAAGAAGGACUUGCCCCCCUGUGAUGCAUCAUCCACUUCAUCCUCAACUGCUGCAACUGGGGGGACCUCCUCCACCGUGUCAUCUGCUGCCUUUCAGUUCGGACUGACCCCAUCUGUUUCUGUUAAGAGUGACAACUCUCAAAGUAUAUUUACAUUUGGUGAUGUUUCGGCCAUGUCCAGAAAUACAGGUUUUAAUUUUACCCCUGUUAAUGUUUCGGCAAAACCUGAAUUUGCACAUGCCAAUUUCGAAAAGUUCUCCUUUCCAUCUGAUGUAAGGAAAGCAACAGAAAUGCAACCCGAAUCUCUGUUUGGUGGUUUUGCUGUUUCAAGGGAGACAGGUUUUCAGUUUGGAUCACCAACUUCUUCAGUGAGCACCAAAUUAACAUUUGGAUUUCAUUCACUAACUGACACCAUUGCUACAGCAUCAACAGCAUUUAGUGGCUUUGGAUGUGAUGAUCCAUGUUCUGAAAACAGGACAGGUUUCAGUAGUGUUAAUGUUUCUGCAGAACCCAAUCUACCUGAUGCUCCAACCAGUAUCCCUAAAACCUCUGAUGUACAGAACAGGGAUGCCAGAUAAGAUGCAGGUGAUCAUUGCUUCUUCAUGGGAAACACCUUCAAACUUGUGUGACGUCAGGUUUAAAUUUCCUUCACCGGCUGGCAUCGAUGAUAGUCACCAGAACAUGCAUCCAGUGAUGUCGCAGUUACAAGUCAAGUCACAUCAGUCUCUUCACCACCACAUAGGGAGGAUUGUGGAGAUUCAAGACGAUAGGCAGUUAAUUUCCUAACAGCUUCAAAUGUAUACUGUCAGAAUAGAGUUUAAAUUAUA